UCCAACGGCGCCGCAUCUUAAUGGGAGCACAUCCGGCCAAAGGGAACCUUGGAGACAUCCGCGGGUUCCUAGCGGCUGGCAGCAAGGGGGUUUCCGAGGGCAGGGGGCCGCCACUGAAGGUCAGCUCUGCCAUUCGCGCUGGGCUAUGGAGGCUCUAAGUCCGCUUUCGGCAGCACCGGAGGAAGGAGACUGGGUGGCCUCAAGGGAGGAGGGCUAGAGGCGACAGAGACGCGGAAGAAGGCCGGGGGAAGAGGCAGGGCGAGGGAGGAGCCUGCGGAGACGCGGCCCCGGGCCGGCCGGCUGGAUCCCGACGUCCGCGCUCAGCCUGGUCGCCAUGGCGGGCCUGGGCCCGGGCCCCGCCGUCCCCGCCGUCCCCGCCGUCCCCGCCGUCCCCGCCGUCCCCGCCGUCCCCGCCGUCCCCGUGUGGCUGGCCGAGGACGACCUGGGCUGCAUCAUCUGCCAGGGGCUGCUGGACUGGCCGGCCACGCUGCCCUGCGGCCACAGCUUCUGCCGCCGCUGCCUGGAGAGCCUGUGGGGCGCGCGGGGCGCGGGGCGCCGCUGGGCCUGCCCCACCUGCCGGGAGGUCGCCGCGCAGCCGCCGCGGCUGCGGAAGAACACGCUGCUGCAGGACCUGGCGGACAAGUACCGCCGCGCCGCGCGCGAGCUGGAGGCGGGCCCCGACUCGGCCCCCCGCCCCGGCCCCUGCUCCAGCCCGGCCCCCAGGCCCCGGCGCCGCCGCUCACUGCCGCGGGUGGAAGUACAGAAGAGCAUCACAGAAGUUGGUCGGGAGCUGACAGAGCUGGGGGAACGGCUUGUAGACAUUGUCAGGAGCCUGCAGAGUCAGAGGCCCCUAUCAGAAUCUGGACCAGACAGUGAACUGAGCAUCCUGGGCAAGCUGGUGACUUCCGAUGCAGCUGCAGGGAAAAUCAAAGAUAUUCUCCAUGACCUAGAAGAAAUUCAGGAAAAAUUACGAGAAAACUUUUCCUGGAAAGAGGCUCCUGAAGCACAAACACAGGGGGAACUCUUGGACUCCCCGUCUUCCUCCUCAUGCCCAUUGUCUGACCAGAGCAGCCCUGCACUCAGAAGAGCUUCUCAGUUUGCUCAGUGGGCCAUUAAUCCAACCUUUAACUUGAUGAGCCUUGCCUGCAGCCUGGAAGUGUCUGGGGAUUUCCAUACAGUGACUGUGUCUCCCCGCCCACAACCCUAUCGCUGGAGUUGUGAGAGGUUUUCUACCAGCCAGGUCUUAUGUUCCCAGGCCCUCUGUUCUGGAAAGCAUUACUGGGAAGUGGACACUAGGAAUUGCAGCCACUGGGCAGUUGGGGUGGCUUCCUGGGAGAUGAGCCGUGACCAGGUCCUGGGAAGGACUACAGACUCUUGUUGUGUGGAAUGGAAAGGGACCAGCCAGCUCUCUGCAUGGCACAUGGUCAAGGAAACUGUCCUUGGCUCAGACAGACCUGGGGUGGUGGGCAUCUGGCUGAACCUUGAGGAGGGGAAGCUUGCCUUCUAUUCAGUGGACAAUCAGGAGAAGCUUCUGUAUGAGUGUACCAUCUCUGCCUCCUCUCCUCUGCACCCUGCCUUCUGGCUGUAUGGCUUACAUCCUGGAAAUCACCUGAUAAUAAAGCAAGUAAAGGUGUAAAGUUUCCUCAGGGAUUACAAAA